AAAACUGUCAGUGGUGACCUCUCUGCCGUUUCCGUUCCUUUCAACCCACGUUCUUCUAGGCCUCGUGUCUUUUCCGCUUUGUCAAAAUGGGUAUUGAUAUUAAUCAUAAGCAUGACAGGAAGGUGCGGCGUACGGAACCGAAGUCGCAAGAUGUGUACUUACGACUUCUCGUCAAGCUGUAUCGGUUCCUAGCAAGAAGAACAAAUUCCAAAUUUAACAAGAUCAUUCUGAAGCGACUCUUUAUGAGUAAAAUUCAUCGACCGCCUAUAUCUCUUGCGCGUGUUGUGCGAUUCAUGAAAAAGCCGAACCGAGAGAAGUGUAUUGCUGUAAUCGUUGGUACCGUCACUGACGAUGCUAGAAUUUUUGAAGUUCCCAAAUUGACGGUAUGUGCUUUACGUGUGACCACGAAAGCUCGGGCGCGCAUUUUGAAGGCCGGCGGUGAGAUCAUUACGUUCGAUCAGUUGGCUUUGCGAGCCCCAACCGGCAAGCGCACGGUUCUGAUGCAGGGUCCACGCAAGGCUCGCGAAGCUGUGAAACACUUUGGUCCAGCACCUGGUGUGCCGCAUUCGCACACGAAACCUUACGUGAGAUCCAAGGGUCGGAAGUUCGAGAGAGCAAGAGGCCGUAGACGCAGUUGCGGUUAUAAAAAAUAAACUUCUCACACUCUUAUUCGACACUCAAUUGCAAUCUUAUUUUAGACUGUUGAGUGUGAAUGGUAAAUAAACUUAAGUUAUACAAUAACUUUGUUUUUUUCUUUUUUAUCUUCUACUGUGCAUAUAUAUAUGUAUGUUGAGAAAUGCUUAUCACACUUGUGAAACAAUUUUUUAUACAUACUUUAUAGUUUCCGAGAGACUUGACCAACAAUCGCACAUGUAGAAAUGAGAAUUUCAAAUAGAGCAUAUGAAUUUUGCCCAAA